UGUAUUAUUGUGUUUGUUGUCAUGGUUAGGUUAAAUAAAACGUUAACUUAGAAGUUACUAAUGUUACUAUAAGUUUAUAGAACUUCGAACCAAUCGAAAUCGGCAAGUGAAGUGACAAAAAUUAAGUUAUUUCAAGCAAAAGGUUUGAUUAACUUAUAGGGUUUUUGCGUCUGACCGACCAACAAUUAUUGGUUUACUUGAUACACGUCCAUUUGAUCUUCGAAAUGUCAAAUUAUAAAAUGCAAUGUGCCCUAUCUUAGGUCUCAUAUUUCAUUCCCCAGGCCUAUUUUAUCACUCCACUGGACGCGGCACUGAGAGUGUGGCCCUUUAAAGGCACCACCAAAGACUCGAUCACUCACUGGUCACGGCACUAAGAGUGUGGCUCUCAAAAGGCACCACCAAAGAUUCGAUCAUUCCACUGGAGUUGUUGGCCUUAGGUACUUGUUUACCAUAAUGAAGAGAGCUUUUUUGCAGAGGUUAACAUCUCAUCCAUCUGCAGUUGAUUUCAGAUCACUAAGUUCAUCAUUAAAAUAUAACUAUAAAAGGGUUCAUCCCAUCGACAGAGAUGCAGAGUUUGACUUACCUGUGUUCCAGUAUCCACCCGGAUCUAGCAGUGAUCGAAGAGUAUAUGUCUGGGGCCUUUCCGAACAUGGUGCUUUGGGUAACAGACUUCAGUUAAAGAACACUGUGAAGUACAAAAAAAAACUUCCCGAGUUUCAUCAUAAGCCUCUUCGGCUCACAUUUGCUGAACAAAAUAAGGUUACUGACAUUGCCUGUGGUUAUGGAUUUACAUUAUUUGCUGUCGAUACAAAAGAAAAAUACAAAGUAUUUGGUAGUGGUAUUAACACAGAUUCGCAAAUAGGUUACCAUGACCCCAGGAGAGAUCAUCCCCUCAACAUACUCACCAGCCCUGCACCAAUUGAGCUUCCGCUUGAUCCAACGACCAAAGUUAAAGGACUGGCAGCAGGUCGCGCCCACUCUGUUGUACUUACUGACACUCAUGGCGUCUUUACCUUUGGCAACAACGCUUACGGACAAUGCGGUCGACGGAUUGUAGAAAAUGAAAAAUACAGCGGCAGCAGAAUUGUGCAUAAUAUUCCUAAUAUUGAUGGGAACAGUAUUGUUGCAGUUGUAUGCGGACAAGACCAUACGCUGAUGGUGACGGAGGGGGAGAGGGGAGGGGUGUACAGUUGUGGGUGGGGAGCUGAUGGACAGCUGGGCAGAGGAGAUUACAACUCACAGUGGCAGAUCGGCCGAGUAGGAGGCGACAUUGCUAGUGAGAGAAUUACCAAACUGGCCGGCACUGGCGACUGUGUACUGGCCCUCAACGAUAAAGGAGAAGUAUUUGGAUGGGGAAACAACGAGUACAGGCAGUUGUCAGAGACUGGUGACUUACAGCAGGUAUGUACCCCAGUAAGGCUUGAAUCAACUCGUGGAUUGGGAAAGAUUAUCGACAUAGCUGCAGGGGGAAGCUUCUGUGCUGUACUCAAUGAGGAAGGUGCUGUUUUUGUCUGGGGCUAUGGUCUGUUGGGUCUAGGACCCCAGGUAGACAUGUCACCCAGACCACUAAGAGUGCCUGAGACAUUGUUUGGUCAGAACAUGUUCAUGCCUCACUCCCGUGUGGACAGUUUGGCCAGUGGACUCUACUACUUGGCUGCCAUCACUAACCAAGGACAGCUGUACAUGUGGGGACGAAACAAGAGCGGCUGUUUGGGCAUCGGUUCAACUAAAGACCAGUACUUUCCACUCAAGGUCAAUGUUGGAGCACAUGUCCUCAAAGUGAGUGCGGGAGUCGAUCACACAAUAGCUCUGUGUAAACCCUUCACAUAGUGAUCAACUGCAGUCAUGUUUUGUAUAUAUGUAAAUACAGUAAAACUAUUUAUUUGUUACCUA